UUUACUUUUUGCAAAAUGAGGAGGUGAAUUUGAUUUGAGUCUCCCUUCCUCAAAGAAAUUGGUUGAGUGCUGACUUGUAUAACCUAAGGCCAUCAGCAACCGGCAACCGGAAACCGCCAAAGCAUGAAAGACUAAAAGUCCUAAAGUGUCCGAACCGCACGCGAUCCUUCCCUUCUUUUCCAUUUUCAGUGUUCCUCAACAGUAGAAACCAAAAUCUCAAUCUUCCUCACUUCAGAUCCCUCACAGUACCAUUCGAUCCAAGUUAAGGGUUUCACAGUAAAUUAGCAAAGAUGAGCGAAGUUUUCGAAGGGUACGAGCGUCAAUACUGCGACCUCUCUGCUAAUCUCUCUCGCAAAUGCAGUUCCACUUCUCUUCUUUCUGAUCAAGAAGAGAAGCUGCAGAAGUUUUCUGAGAUCAAAACUGGACUUGAUGAUGCCGAUGUUCUGAUUCGGAAGAUGGACCUUGAGGCAAGAAGUCUGCAACCAAGUGUAAAAGCAAUGCUUCUUGCAAAGUUGAGGGAAUACAAAUCCGAUCUAAACAAGUUGAAAAAAGAAUUUAAAAGGAUUACAUCUCCCAGUGCUGAGCAGGCUGCCAGAGAUGAUUUGUUGGAGACUAGAAUGGCAGAUGCACAUUUGGCUGCUGAUCAAAGAGAAAGAUUAACUAUGUCUGUAGAGAGAUUAAAUGACUCUAGUGACAGAAUCAGGGAGAGCCGAAGAACCGUGCUGGAAACUGAAGAACUUGGUGUCUCAAUCCUCCAAGAUUUACACCAGCAGCGCGAGACUCUCCUGAGCUCUCAUAAAAAGCUUCAUGGGGUAGAUGAUGCUAUUGACAAGAGUAAGAAGGUUUUAACAACCAUGUCACGUAGAAUAACAAGAAACAAAUGGAUCCUUGCAUCUGUGAUUGGAGCUCUUGUUUUUGCUAUUGUUAUUAUUCUAUUUUACAAGCUAUCUCAUUAGCUAAUAUGUGUUCGGUUGUAUAUAGAACAAUAUGUGUUGUUUGUCGUAUCCCUGCAAUUGUUUGUCCAUUGUUAUUUUCAUGAUUGGUGAAGUUGUCAAUGAUGUCUUGCUUUUUAUGCUCUACAUCGUGUUGUUUUCUUUUGAAAUGAAAGAAUGUUUACUUGAUGCAAGUAAAUUUAGUCAUGUAUACUUAUUUUAUGACACGAUGCUUAUGCUAGCAAUAUAGCAUUUCUGAAAGUGUAUGAAUUGAUUGAAUUCUAAA